UCCAGCGUCUCUAGAACCGGUGCUCCCUAGUCCAGGGUCUUGUCCACAAUGAGCCUCCUGCCCUGCUGUGCUGCCCACAUCCCUGGCGGUUCCCGCUCGCUGUUCACGGUGCUGUCGUUUCUGCUGCUGCUCACACUGCAGCAGCAUCUAGCUGAAGGAGGCCCUUCUGCGGUCUUAACCGCCACAACGGAGCUGCGUUGCGUUUGCUUAACCAUAACUUCAAGAGUUAAUCCCAAAAUGAUUGCUAAUAUGGAGGUGAUCGCUGCAGGUCCACAGUGCCCCAGGGUGGAAGUCAUAGCUAAAUUGAAGAACAAGAAGGAGGUCUGUCUGGACCCAGAAGCUCCUUUGAUGAAGAAAAUCAUUCAGAAAAUACUGGACAGUGGAAAUAAGAAAACCAAGAGAAAUGCACUUGCCCUGGAAAAACCGCCCAGGACUUAACAGAAAAAUCUCUGAGGACUCUGGCCCCAUUGAAGACAAGAAAGAAGGGCUGAUUUUUUUUUUCCCUAGUGAUUUUCUUUUUGAACUCCUGGCUUUGAAGAGGAAAGGGAAGCUGUCCCUGCAGCUUUCUGUUCAGUUUAUGAGCGUAUUUAGCAAAGCACACCCCAUUCUUUUCUACGGUCUGUUACACUAUUGGGAACUGUGGCAUUUUAGCUUGUAAGUCAAGACUGUUUGGUUGUCAAUCUUUUACAAUGUUUUGAAUUGAA